UUUUGCCAAAAUUAACACUACUUGAUGUUCGUAAAUCUAUUGGAGUCACUGAAGAAGCUGCUAAUCAUGUCCAGGAUUAUUGUAAACAGCAUGGCCGAUCAAUCAAGUUUUAUUUUAAAAAAGACGACAAACAAAUUGAAUCUGAUUGGCCGCAGGCAUUAAAUCGACGAGAAAAAAUUUGUCGUGGAUUCGAUUUCAUGGAACAUUGUUUUUUCAAAAGUUUCAAUGAUUUGCCUCAUUUUUUGGAUCCAAUAGAUGAUUAGAAAUGCUUAUUAUAACAUAACUGUCGAUCUUUUUACUCAACUUUUAUGAGAACAGCUGUGAGGUUCACGAUAUUGAAAAAAUUUUUAGAGUCAUUUACAUGGCUAAGCCACCCAAGUGUCAUUUCGACUGAGUCGACUAGCUUUGAUACAACCAAACCUCUGAUAAUUUGCAUUUGCUAAAAAUUGAACAAAAUUAUAUGAGUCAAAGUCUUUGGCCCAAAAGUUGAGCUCAUUCUUUCGUGUGCUACCGUAAUUUACCGACAUCGUAAAAAAAACUUUUAAAAAUCAUUCUAAUAUUUUUUUUGACGUUAGAUGUCUGUACUCGUAAAUGCAAAAUAUCCUAGGUUUUUGUUUGUCUAACACUUAUUAUAGAUUUAUUAAAUAUCAAUCAAUGUAAGUUAUUAUUCCAAAGUUACUUUAACAAUGUUAAUAAAUGAGCUUCCAGAUGAUUGUUUUCUGGAAAUAUUUGAUUACAUUCAAGAUUUAAAGGAUUUAAUUAACUGCUUCAAAGUUUGUGAAAAAUGGAGUAAUUUGAUUGUUGUCCGGACUAAAAAAGUUAAAUAUUUUAUUGAUCAACCCAAUUAUUCGCCUGAUUCAGUUUGUCAUCAAACAGAUGAGCCAAUUGAUGUAACAUUUUUGAGCAAAUGGCUUCCAAAUUUAAGGAUUGUCGAUCUUUUAUACACACGCAAUGGGGAAACACCAAUCGAAGAUAUUAUUAAAAUAAUUAGAGAAUUAGAAUCGCUGAAAGGAAUAAUCUAUGGUUGUCAUUACUGUAUGGAAUCCUGCCUCGAUUUCGAAUCGAUACCGGAGAACCCUAACCUCGAAAUGUUGUCUACUGGAUAUAUUGAUCUAAACAUAAAGGAAAUCAAUGAAAAUAUGAAACAAUUGUACCUCUGGGACUCUACUCUAGAUGUAUUCGCAGAAGUCGCACAUCAUUUUCCAAAUCUUGAACGGCUGAAAAUUUAUAAUGGCGAAGACAGAACAGAUCAUUACUCUAAUGGUCCAGUAAUGGCAAAUCUUAAGAUAGCUGAAUUGGGGUUGUCUUCUUAUGAUUGGACAGACUUUUGUUGCUCAUUUGUAUUCAUGGAUUCGUGCCCAGCAUUACAGAGUGCUUAUGUCAAAAUUGAUUGCUGUCGCAUUACCGUCAAUGAUUCAAUAAAACAAGCAAAUUUACAAGAUUUAGUUAUUCAAUUUUACGAACCAAUCGAAUGGGAUAAUCUACGAAGACUAAUGUCCAAAUAUCCAAAUCUAAAGAAUUUGGCAUUACGAGGUACCUCUUUAAAAGAUGCACAAAUCAAACAAUUAAUAUUAAUUUUGCCAAAACUAACACUACUUGAUAUUCGUGAGUCUUCUGGAGUCACUCAAGAAGCUGCUGAUCAUGUUCGGGACUAUUGUAAGCAGUAUGACCGAUCAAUCAAGUUUUAUUUCAAAGCAGACGACAAACAAAUUGAAUCUGAUUGGCCCCAGCUAUUGAAUGGACCAGACAAAAUUUGUCGUGGAUUUGAUUUCAUGGAACAUUGUUUUUUUAAAAGUUUUAAUCAGUUGCCUCAUUUUUUGCAUCCAUUAGAUGAUUAACAUCUUAUAUGAAAUCCUGUAUAAACUGGUCUAGUUAACCAUUAAAAGUGUUCAAUUGACAGUUUAAAAUA